AUGUUUAAGCUCUGGUUCUACGGCGCGCACAGAGUAAUGAAACCGCAGAGAAGACAAGUGGGAAAUGUAUCCAAUACCGCGAACUCGACAGUGGUGGCGGAGAGUAAGAGUAAGCCGAGCGUUAUUCAGAGUAGCCCGAAACCCCAACAGCAUAUCUUGCGUCAAGUACUCAGUCAGCAGCCGGUUAUGGUUGGCAACACUAAAAUAGGUGACAAGGAGAUGGUAGUCAAUCAUCCUGUUACAGAGAAGCCGCCAACUCCGAAGCCACCACUGAUACCACCACCGGCUCCAACGCCUUCCUCUUUCUCAGCAGAUGACACUCCUUGGAUAUGUCACUGGAAAGGAUGUGGAAACGAUCUCCAACUCACGUCGACACGCAGCCGCAGAAGCGGAGGCGAGUAA